AUGAAUACUGUCACUUUUGGCACCGCAAGCGCACCAUAUCUUGCCAUCAAGUUUUUAAAGAAAGUAGCUGAUGACGAGCACCACAACUUCCCGGAAGGGGCGAAGGUUAUCCGAGAAGACAUGUAUGUUGAUGAUCUGAUUAGAAGUGCAGAUUCAAUUGAAGAGUCGAUGAAGGCGUUCGGAUCAGCUGUUUAUGUUCGUGUCUUGGAUAGCGAAGGUAAAAUCCAUACGAAUCUGCUUUUGGCAAAAACAAAAGUAGCACCCAGCCAACGAACUAUAACGCUUCCUCGCCUUGAACUCUGUGGUGCAGUUUUACUAGCACAAUUAUUGCAAUACACCAAAGAGGUUUUGGGCAUGCCCGAUAUAAAGAUGUACGCUUGGACAGAUUCCACUAUUGCUAUGGCCUGGAUACGAGCUAUGCCCGCGAAGUGA